GUCCGGCGCGGCCCGUGACGUCAGCGCGGCAGCAUGGCGGGCAGCGGCCGCCGGCCCGAGCACCGCGGCCCGCCCGAGCUGUUCUACGAUGAGGCCGAGGCGAGGAAGUACACGCAGAACUCCCGGGUGGUGGAGAUCCAGUCGCAGAUGUCGGAGCGAGCUGUGGAGCUGCUGGGACUGCCCGAGGACCGGCCCUGCCUCCUCCUGGAUGUGGGCUGUGGCUCUGGGCUGAGUGGGGAUUACAUCUCUGAUGAGGGGCACUACUGGAUUGGCAUGGACAUCAGCUCUGCCAUGCUGGACGUGGCUGUGGAGAGGGAGGUGGAAGGAGACCUUCUCCUUGCAGAUGUGGGUCACGGCAUUCCCUUCAGGCCGGGCAUGUUUGACGGCUGCAUCAGUAUUUCCGCUGUGCAGUGGCUUUGCAAUGCUGAUAAGAAAUCCCACAGCCCCCCAAAGCGCCUGUAUCGCUUCUUCUCAACCCUUUACACUGCUUUGGCACGAGGAUCCAGAGCUGUCCUGCAGCUGUACCCUGAGAACUCAGAACAGCUGGAGCUCAUCACAGCCCAAGCCAUGAGAGCUGGUUUUACUGGAGGGAUGGUGGUAGAUUACCCCAACAGCGCCAAAGCCAAGAAGUUCUUCCUGUGUCUCUUUGUUGGGACAUCUGGCCCGUUGCCAAAGGGCCUUGGUACUGAGGGUGCUGAUGAAGAGCUACACCAGGCAAAGUUCACCAAUGAGAGGACACGGUUCAGAAACACCAAGGGCAAGUCCGUGAAGAAAAGCCGGGACUGGAUCCUGGAGAAGAAGGAGCGGAGACGGCGACAGGGCAAGGAGGUGCGGGCGGACACCAAGUACACGGGCCGCAAGCGCCGCCCUCGCUUCUGAAGGGCUCUGCAGCUGCUGGAGUGGAAGAUGGUGUGUUGGUGCCUCCUGGGGAUGGCACAGACGGGCACCCCGGGCCUGGGACUUGCUGGGACGUGUCAUUGUGACUCUUGAAGGUAUAAACUGGCUGCCCAACAGCCAACUGCAAAGCU